UCUGAACCAAAACUUCUCUCCCAAAUUUCUAUUCAGAAUUCCCUCCCAAAAAACAAAAUCCCCAAAUUAUUUUUCUCCGAUGAGAACAUUGUGCCCUAAUCUCGACAGAGAAGAUGCACUGGAAACUGUUCUCGAGGUCCCCGUUCCGGAAGAGAUGAUUUCAUCCAACAAGCACAAUUCAUGGCAAACAAUCAGAUCGUGGAUGCUGAGGCCGCCGCUCGACGCGGCGGCGGUUUCCUCCGUCCUGGGAGGCCGCACGGCGGAGAUUCAGUUCCUGCUCGGUGUCAUCGCAGCCCCUCUUAUCCCUCUCCCAAUCCGGUGCGACCGCACCACCGUCGGCGACAACAUCAAAUCCUGUCCGAUUGAGAGUUCGAUGGCGAAAUAUAUCGUGCAGCAGUACGUGGCGGCGGCGGGUGGGGAGCACGUGUUGAACUCCAUCAACAGUAUGUACGCGGUGGGGAAGGUGAAGAUGGCGGCGUCGGAAUUUUUGUCCGGAGACGAUUUGAGUCUGGGCAAUAAUUCCAAGGCUGGGAAAUUGAAGAACAUGAAAAAUGGACGUGGAGAAAUUGGGGGAUUUGUGUUGUGGCAGAAAAGGCCUGAUUUGUGGAGUUUGGAGCUGAUGGUUUCGGGUUAUAAAAUCAGUGCUGGUAGUGAUGGUAAGGUGGCGUGGCGGCAGACCCCGUGGCAGCAUUCGCACGCCUCGCGGGGCCCACCGAGGCCCCUCCGUCGAUCUUUGCAGGGGCUCGAUCCAAGAUCAACAGCAAACUUAUUCUCCAACUCAAUCUGCAUCGGCGAGAAGACAAUCAACGGAGAAGAUUGCUUCGUGCUAAAAAUGGAAGCAGAGCCUUCAACAUUAAGGGCAAGAAGCAGUACCAAAGUUGAGAUAAUCAGACACACUCUUUGGGGCUGUUUCAGCCAAAGAACAGGUCUAUUAGUCCAAUUAGAAGACUCUCACUUGCUUCGAAUAAAAGCCCCAAAAAAUGACGUCUUUUGGGAGACAACCAUGGAAUCUUCCAUUCAAGAUUACAGAACAGUUGAAGGUGUGAACAUAGCGCAUUCGGGAAAGACUUCUGUUUCGCUAUUUAGGUUCGGAGAAAACUCCGAGAGCCACACGAGGACUAAAAUGGAAGAGAUUUGGAGUAUCGAGGAAGUGGAUUUCAACAUAAAGGGACUAUCAAUGGACUGUUUUUUGCCACCUGCUGACCUUAAAAGGGAGGAUGAAGGAAGUGGCGUGAUUAAUGUUGCCGAUUGCGAUGACUUAACGAAAAACGGAGGGGUACCGUACAAGUUUAUGGCCAAUUCUUAUAGGGUUGUUGGCGGGAAAGGUGGGUCUAAAGUUGUGGCUGUUGAUGAAGAGUAAUUUGGUGAUUGUUUUUUGGAGAAAGAAGAGCAGUUGUGAAGUGUUGUGGCAUGUUUGAUCUUUUGAUCAAAAGUUUUGUACAUAUAUAUACAUAUAUGAUAUAGUUUCAUAGUUAGUUUACUGAGGCCAUAUUUUGAGCCGUUGAUACAUUUUGCAGUAUCAAAAAAAAAAAAAAAAAGAAAAAUCCCUUUGAUUUUGAUUUUUCCUUUUUCUUUUAUAUUGUUUUUAAAAUAACAUGUAAUAAUAAUUGAUGAAUUUUCUGAGCUUGGUCCUUGCUGUGCCUU